UUAUCCACGUUUACUCAUAAUAACCCUAGCGAAGUGCCCAUCCACGUUGGCCCCUUCUUUUUUUCCUCACAAGAGCGCAACACAAACAGAGUGAGUUCCGUUUCUUCUUCUCCAUCAAAUCAAACCCAAACAGAAGCACUUCAAGCUCCGUACCUCCAUUAACUCCUUCCCCCUUUACAGCACCAAAACGAACCGUCUGUUGCCUUCUGUUAUCUGUUUUUACAUUUUUAUUUUAAACGAACAGUUUUUACAUUGCUCUGGAUUUGACGGGAUAGAAAGAUGGCGGGUAAAAAAGAUGAGAGCUUGAAUAGUAAAAACGUGUUUGCAGCACUAAGUAGUUUAAGAAAGAAGAAGAAAUCAGAGAAAGAGAAAAACGGAUCCUCCAACACUGAUUUGGAAAAGAAGGGAAUUGUUGAAAAGAAAGUGUUUUGGGCUCCGGCCCCACUCACCGUCAAAUCAUGGGCUGAUGUUGAUGAUGAAGAUGAUGACGAUUAUUAUGCUACCACUGCCCCACCUGUGCCUGUCUGGGGUGGCGAUACACUGGAUUCUAAGCAGGAAAAGGAGGACGAGGCUGUUGUGGAGGUACUACUAGAAAGUGAAAGUGAGGUAGAAGGUCUUGAUGAAGUUGAUGACGAUGUUGAGGAGGAUCAUGAAAAUGAACAUGAGCUUGAGGCGCCCGUAUUUAUUAAGAAGCCUCCAGAAGAAUCAACACGCAAAGAAUCUGAAAGGCAGCUUUCUAAGAAGGAACUGAAGAAAAAGGGGCUUCAGGAACUUGAUGCAGUUCUUGCUGAGCUGGGAUAUAAUAAACAGGAGACCAGUAGCCAAGAUGAUUUCCAUGUUGUACAAGAGAAGAAAACAGAGAAUGAUAGAGAGGUAGAGAAGAAGGGUAAUGCACAUGGCGAGAGCAAAAGUUCGAAAAAGAAGAAAAAGAAGGAAAAAACGUCAAAGGAGGCAAAGGAAUCCCAUGGCCAGCCUCAUGAUGAAGAUGUUGGGAAUGGGAUACAUGAAACUGCUGAGACAGAGCAGGUCGAUGAUGCGCCUGCUGUUGAUGUGAAAGCACGUUUGAAGAAAGUGGCGUCCGCAAAGAAGAAGAAAUCUAGUAGAGAGACUGAUGCUGCUGCACGAGCUGCUGCUAGUGAAGCUGCUGCGAGGAAUGCAAAGCUUGCUGCUGCAAAGAAAAAAGAGAAGAAUCACUACAAUCAGCAGCCGGUUCGGUAAGCCGGCAAAGUGUUUUUUUUUUUUCUUUGCUUCUCUUUCUCAUCCUUGAACAUGUACUUAUUAAUUUUGUCAAUGGGUAAUAAGAUAUCAGGUUCUCAUCUUUUGAAAA